UUUGAAUCUGACCUGCUCGUGAAAGACAAUCGCAUCUCUUUAUUUCAAAGUUUGAAAGAAACAUUUAAACAAUGUCUUACAUGAGCCUAAUGAAAAAAAAACUCCUCACCAAUAAGAUAACUUGAAGGAAGUGCUUUGAGGAACAGAGGACUAUGGAUUCAGUUGGAGUGAAUGUGAUUGAAACGGCAGCUCUUGGGAGACCUUUCCAGCUCGGCAUGCUGUAUGACUGCAGAAAGGACGAGUUAAUACCAGGGCUCAGACUUUGGAGUAAAGAGCAGCUGCGGCAGAAUAUUUCCACUCAUUCCCAAAUUAAUACAAGAUUCAAUGUCACAGCUUCAGACUCUAUUCAGGACAAAUCUAAAAUACUAAAUAUUGAUGGUGGACUCAAACUGAGUCUUCUAGGUGAUCUUGUCCAUGUUAGUGGAGCAGCAAAAUAUCUCAAAGACACCAAGACGUCUUUCAAACAGCAGAGACUGACGCUACAUUAUCAUUCAACCAGCAGAUUUGAAGAACUGACCAUGAAUCAUUUGCCUUCUGGAAAUACUGCUGAGGAUGAUGAUACAGCAACACACGUUGUGACAGCAGUGCUGUAUGGAGCAGAUGCCUGCUUUGUGUUUGAUAGAGAGGUUACCUCAGAUGAGGACAGAAAAACAGUGAAAGGAGAAGUAAAAGUGGCUCUUGAGAAACUGCAGGGUGUCGUUUCAGUAGAUGCAAAUGUUGAUCUAAGUGUGAAUCACAAUCAGAAAACUGCAGUCCAAAAAUUCAUUUGUACAUUUUAUGGAGACUUCCAGCUACCAUCUAACCCGACCUCUUUUGAAGAUGCAUUGAAGGUUUUUGCUGAUCUUCCAAAACUGCUGAAAGAAAACCAAGAGCUGGCGGUUCCACUGAGAGUUUGGCUUUAUCCUUUGGACAAACUUUAUUCAAGACCUUCAAAACUUCAUAAAGACAUCAGCAUGGAUCUAACCAUGGAGAUUGAAUCAGUGAUCGAGAGUUUAAAUACAACAGAGAUGAAAUGCAGUGACCUUCUGAAAGACUCUCCUGCUCUGACAUUUGCUGCAUUUCAUGAUAAAAUUCUGCAAAUGAAGCACAACUGCUAUAAAUACAAGUUGAGGCUCGUGAAGACACUCGGCUCUCUGCUGCCAAACAUCCGUGGAGACGUGAUGAAAGAAACUGCACUGAAUGAUCUUCUACAAGAACAUGAUAAAUCUCCAUUCAGAGGACAUGACCUUGCAGAAUGGCUGAAAGAGAGAGAGAAAGAGUCUAAUAUCAUUAAAACAGUCCUCAGACAGCUGAAGGAUGCUGGUGCACAGGUAGAAGUCAACCUAGAUUCUAUCUUAAUGGAUCUGGAAGUUGGAUAUAUAGUUAGCUACACUUUCACAUCACUGUACUUUAACAUUUCACAUCGGACAGAUGUGCUCCUUAAACAAAAGGCAUAUCUGAGUUCUUCAACAAAAGGAGAAACUGAUGAGAAGAGCCCUGAUUCAAAGCAAAGGUCUUGGCUCACUACUGAGAUCCAACAGGCCAUGAGAAGCAACUUAAAUAUUUUUAAGAACUUGAUUGAUUCAAAAGACCGUGAACCAGCCAAGUUUAUUGUUUCCUCAAAGGAAAUGGAGAAUAAUCCAGGUUCUUGCAUUCUCCUGUAUGAAAAUGGAUGUAGUGAAGCUGUGUGCUUCACCUCUCCAUCCAAACCAGCCUGUCCAAUCACUGAAGAGGUCAAAGGUGAUGGUGUGAUUUUGAAGUCUCCUCCAUCAUGUCCUGCUACAGUGGAACUCAGAUUACUGUAUAAACCAAAGCAGGACACAGUCUGGACAUCUGUACGGGUGCUCAAGGGUCAAGAUACAGUUACUCUGACUGAUCUGAGAGAAGAAACUGAGUAUGAGAUCAAAUGUGCAGCAGUGGGGAAACUCAACUACACUGUGGACAGUGAUGUCAUCCAUCUAAAGGUCAUUGAGAAGAAGAUCAUCAUGGCAAUAGAUUCUGUCAUUGAAAAUCUGAGUUUCAUUGAAAACAAGUGCAGUAAACUAUUGCAAGACACCAGGACAAAUGCAUUAAGUGCAUGUCACAAGAAGAUUGAAGAUAUGAGGAGGCACUGCCAAAUGUACAGACAAGAUUUCGAUAAGACAAUUAAUUCACUGAUCCGGUCAGUUCAAGCCUGUGAAGGAGAAACUUGUGCUUUGACCAAUCUUCUACAAGCUCACAAAGAGUCUCCAUUCAACACACAUGAUCUUAAGGAGUGGAUUAGAGAGAAAGAGAAAGAAUUAAACACAGUGGGGGAGUUUCUUCAACAAUUACUGGACUUUGGAGCUGAGGUGAAUACAAGCUUAGACGCAGUUUUGUCAGAUAUUAAGGUGGAGAAUGUGGUUUGCUACAUGUUUAGUUCUCUUGAGCAGCCAGAUAAGUUGCUCUCUGAACAAGAAAAUUACUUGAAAUCUCAAACAACGUGGAAGAAUCCAGGAACAUCUCUUCAUGCAUUGACGUGGCUCACUGGAAACAUCAGGGGAAAAAUGAGAAAACAUUUAAUAAUGUUCAAGGAGCUAAUGACAUCACACGGCAGUCAAUCCACUAAAUUUAUUGUCUCCUCAAAGGAAAUGGAGAUUAAUACUGGUUCCUGCAUUCUCCUGUAUGAGCAUGGAUGUGAUGAAGCUAUUUGCUUUACUCCUCCAUCACAGCCAGCCUGUCCAAUCAUUGAAGAGGUCAAAGGUGACACUGUGGUUCUGAAAGUUCCUCCAUCAUGUCCUGCUACAGUGAAACUUAUGUUACUGUAUAAACCAAAGCAGGACACAGUCUGGAGAUCUGAACCUGUGCUGAAGGAUCAACACACAGUUACUCUGACUGAUCUGAGAGCAGGAACUGAGUAUCAGAUCAAAUGUGCAGCGCUGGGGAAACUCAACUACACCGUAGACAGUGACGUGAUCAGAGUCAUCACAGAGCAAAGUACAAGGAACCAAAGAGUUAAGGGUGUAAACAGAGAGGAGAGAGAGGAAUUUGAAAAAGAGGAGGAGGAGAUGAUGAAGAAGAAGAUCUAUGUUGAAACAGAAGAUUCAGUUCAGGGAGAAAAAAAGGACACUGGAAUAGCAGAAGUCAGAGCAGAUCAACACUUACAACAGGAAGACACUGAAAAAAUGGAUAAUCUGUUUCACAAACUUCAUCUUGAAGCCAAGUGUCACAAUAAACUGAAAGUCAAUGAUGUUCUUCAGUUAACUUCACAUUCAUUAAAAUCCCAUGUCUCUUGUUCUGAAGAGAUGAUUCAGACUUUCAUACAAAAACUACUGUUGAUGAACUACAGAUCAAGAUACAUCAAUGUUAAAGAGAACAAUGAGGAAGAUCACACACAACAAAAAAAUAAGUUGUCUGAAGACGAGAGUGAUAUUUUUCAUGAAAUACCUUUGUCUAACAAAGGAACAAGUCAAUCUGAUCGUAUUCACCCGAUGGAUGUUCAGAUGGCCGUGUUUCAUUGUGCUGAUGGUUUCCUGAGGCAGCUGAUGGUCACUAAACUGUCCCAGUGUCAGUACGCUCUGCCUCUGCUUGUUCCUGAUCCAUUCACACAACAGAUUGAGUUUCCUCUCUGGACAUUCAGACAAAUCAACAAGAGCUGGAAGAUCAGAAACACCAACAAUGAAAUCAUCAGUCAAAACCAGCUGAUCUACAAGGCAGAAACUCCAAUGGUGUUUUUCUUCAGGUUUGGCUCUGUGUCUUCAUCCAAGUCUGAGCUGAUGAACAGUCUGAUCAAUGAGAAACACAACACGUUCUUCCACAGGAACUGCCCAGGCAGCAUCAGAACCAGAGUCCUGAUGGAUGGAGUGGUGGAGAUCGCCUGGUUCUGCCCCUCUGGGAAAAACAUGGAUAAAUUCACUGAGUGUGUUGCGUUCUGUAAUCUACACGGUGAUGCAGGAGACCAUGAGAAACAGCUGCAGAUCCUCACUGAAAUGGCCUCAGUCAAUGUUGUUCUUCUGCCACAACUGGACAGGAAUGACAAAAGUACAGCAAUAAUUCAAAACUUGUACAAGAACAGAAAGCCAUUUAUUUGUCUUUUUAAUGAGGAUGAUUCGACUGUAUUUGAUACGAAGGAAGGGAAAUUCAAAAUCAGUUUUAAAGACAGAAAUCAGUCGGAUGUAUCUGAAGAACUCAGAAGAGCUAUAAAUGAUUGUCUCUCAGAAUCAUCUUCCACUUUCAGACUUGAAGAUGUGUCCAAACACUCAGAUAUCAGAGUAGAUGAGGAAGAUGAUAAUUACUGCAGGAGAGGAAGAGAAGCAGCACAGCAGAUGAUGAGUUUGCUGGAGAAGAAAGAUCUGACAGAAAUUAAAGAAUCAGUGCUGCCUCAUCAGGGGAAACUGUGGCAUCAGUGGAGUCAGAAGAACAAAGAACUACAUCGACCUCGAGCAUAUGAGACAGAAAUGGACAUCAGCAGAAAACAAACAGAAAUUAAGGAAAUCCGUCAACAACAGUAUAAUUCUAACAUCAGUGAGUUCAUAAAAUACUUUGUAAAACAAAUGAACUCACAUUCUGAACAUGAGAAGAUGUUUUUCAUCAAAUGGCUUGGAAUCCUUCUGGAUGAAUAUACAUCAGCUGAUCAUUCUGAGCAGAUCAAAGCUGAACAAACUAAACCUGAGAGAAUAUCUGAAGAAUCACAAGCUGCAACCUUUGGUCUGGAGCACAUCAUGCGGGAGAUCGGUCAGAUCUAUGAAUCAUGUGAAUCUGUGCAGAAGAACAAGAAAGACCUGCAGUUUGACUUCUCUUCUCUCCCGAGUCUUGCAGCAGAGAUGAUGAUCUCUGGAUUUCCACUGGAGCUGAUGGAUGGAGAUGCUGCUCAUGUUCCUGUGGUCUGGAUCUCUGCUGUUCUAGAUGAACUCAUCCAGAAACUGGGAGACCAGAGAGUUUUUGUGCUGUCAGUUUUAGGCCUUCAGAGCUCUGGGAAAUCCACAAUGCUGAAUGCCAUGUUUGGACUCCAGUUUGCUGUCAGUGCUGGCAGGUGCACCAGAGGAGCUUUCAUGCAGCUGGUCAAAGUGUCAGACGAGAUGAAAACACAGAUGAACUUUGACUAUAUUCUGGUUGUUGAUACUGAGGGUCUUCGUGCUCUAGAACUGGCUGGAAGAUCAACAAGACAUCAUGACAAUGAAUUGGCCACAUUUGUUAUUGGUCUUGCAAAUCUGACCUUGAUCAACAUCUUUGGAGAAAACCCAUCUGAGAUGCAGGAGAUUCUUCAGAUUGUUGUUCAGGCCUUCAUGAGGAUGAAAAAGGUCAACCUGAAUCCCAGCUGUGUGUUUGUGCAUCAGAACGUCUCAGACGUCUCAGCUGGAGAGAAAAGCAUGGAGGGAAGGAGACGACUGCAGGAAACACUGGAUAAGAUGACAAAACUCACUGCUGAAGAUGAAGUCUGUGAUGCAGAAUGUUUCAGUGAUGUCAUUAGAUUUGAUGUUCAGAAUGAUGUGAAGUAUUUUGCUCAUCUUUGGGAGGGAAACCCACCAAUGGCACCACCAAACCCAAAGUACUGUGAGAACAUUCAAGAACUAAAGGAAACUAUUAUAUCGCAUGCCUCAAAGUCACAUGGACUGAUGCUGAUAGACUUAAAAGUUUGUAUUAAAAAUCUCUGGGAGGCUUCACUGAAUGAACGAUUCGUCUUCAGCUUCAGAAAUUCUCUGGAGAUUUCAGCCUACAAGAAACUGGAGACCAAAUACAGCAAGUGGUCCUGGAGUCUUCGCAGUGCCAUGAUGGAAACUGAGAACAAAUUGCACAACAAAAUAGAAAAUGAAGCAAUUCAUGAGGUUGAGGAAACUGAUCUUCAAAGAGAACUGAAGAAGACAAGUGAAGAAGUGGAAAAAUCAAUGUCUGAAUUCUUUGAGAAAGACACAGAUGCAGAAAUACUGAUUCAGUGGAAAACAUCAUUUAAAAUCAAAAUCAAAGAGAUUCAGGAAAACAUUGUGAGAGAAACAAAGAGGAAAUUAAAUGAGAUUCUUCAGCAGCGAGACCUGAAGAAAAUGAUUGAUGCUCAGAGGAUAAAUCAUGAAAACACUCUCUAUGAAAAGAGCAAAGAACUUGCCUUAAAACUCAAAGACAAAACAAAUGACGAAGAAACACUGAAGAAAGUGUUUGAUUUGUUUUGGGAAGAGAGUGUGGAUAAGAUCAUCAGAGACACUCCUGUAAUCAAAGACACUGACAUAAUGAGAGAUGUGAAAGAGAUCCUCAGUGACAUUUAUGAAAAUGCUCCUUUAGGGGAGAGGAAGAUGAAGAUGAAGAUGAAGAUGAAGGGUAUUUUCCGUGUGAAUAGUUAUGCAGAUUAUGUACAGUUAAAGAAAACCAGUGGAUCUACAGGAUCUUUCACAAAUGCCUACAGAUCAGCUGAAGAUAUGUUUGUUCACAGUCUCUCUAAAGAGGAGGAAACCCAAAUAAGAUCAUUUGUCACAGAUGUUGAACAGCAGACAGACAAAAUGAUUCAGUCAUUUAACAUUUCAAAGAUGGGCUACAACAUCAGCUACAUUCAGCAACUCACAGGUUACAUCAAGAGAAGAGUAACAGAACAUGAGGAAGGAGCAGUGAAUUAUGAGUUCAAGAAAAAAUUCUUCAUGGAUUUAGUUCUCUCCAUCUUUAAGAGAGCAAAAAAGAUGAUCACUGACCAACACAGGCUGUUCAGGGAAGCAAAAUUUGAUAAGAAGAAGAGAGAAGAGUACUACAGUAUUUUCCAGAAAUACUGUCAUGGAGCAACAUCAGCUGCCAUUUUUGGAGAGAUCAUCUGUCAGAAACUGAAAGAGCCCAUUGAGCAGAGUGUCUACAAGAAGACUGCCAGAGAUCUGACAGAUGAAAUGAGAUCAAACUGUGAAUCACUGAAUGGAAACAGAUCAAAUCUGGAGAAACACAUCUUGAAGACACUGGCAGAAGAGGAGGAUUUUGACAAAUACAUGAACUACAUUAAUAAUCCCAAAGAUCACUUCAAGAGUUUCAUCAAACAUCAAGUCAGUCGGUACAUCACUGAUAAGUUCUUUGUCAAUGUUUUACCAAAGAUGAAGGAGAACAUUAAACUCCUGCAGCAGGAGAUCAUGAAAGCAGCACAUGAAUCUACUGAACAUGUUCAAGUGAACAGUGGAGAUAUUGGAUUGUGGUUGAAGAGUUUCACACAGCAGCUCUCAGAUGUGCUGAUCUUCUCUGAAAAAGACCUCAGUGGAUUGAAACAUGAUGACGUUGAUGAUUUCAACCUCUUAGAAGAUGUGAUAAGACAAGAACUUCCUGCUGUAAUGUCUGACAUCAGCAGUAGAUUUGACAAUAGGACUUUACUAGUAAAUCUAGACUACAAGUUCAGACCAGAUGAGUUUCUGAUUGAUCACUUCUGUCAGUGCUGUUGGGUUCAGUGUCCGUUCUGUGGAGCCACCUGCACCAACACCAUAGAAAACCAUGAUGGAGAUCACAGUGUUCCAUUCCAUAGAGUGAGGGGAAUUAAUGGCAAACAUUACCGCUCAACAAAGAAUCUCUGUGCUGAUAUUUGUACAAAUUUAGUAGCAAGUGAUCAGUAUUUUUAUACACCAGAUGUAAGGUUUCCAUAUAGAGAUUACAGAAGAGCAGGAGGAGUUUAUGCAGACUGGAGCAUCACCUCUGACAUCUCUGAACUGCCCUACUGGAAGUGGUUUGUGUGCAGAUUCAAGAAAGAUCUGAAAAAAAACUACAGUAAAACAUUUAAGGUGAGUGGUAAGAUCCCAGAUGAAUGGAGAAAAUACUCAAAACAGGAUGCUAUUCAGAGUUUGGAUAAGUGAUGUUUUAUUAACAAAGUUCGGGAGGAACAAAGUCAAAUAGGCUAUCCAAUUAUCACACUCUGUGUUCGGGCCAAAUACAGAGCCCGGAGCCCUCUCCCCGGACAGCACGCCAAAUACGUAUACCAUGUAUUUUAUCUGACUUAUUUGUAAGUGUGAACUUGUGAAAUACAUCUAAUAGAGCAGAUAAAGAGUGAGACUCUUACAUCUCCUUUAAGAUUCUCCUCAAAUCACAGUCAGAAAUGAGUUUUUAUUACAUUCAUUAAUGUGACUCUUGAGCUCAUCUACAUCUUCAUCAAAUACACUAGAAGAGGAAUAAAGACAAGAUUCAAUUCCACAUACAAGUAUCAGGAUUUGUUUUCAGGACAUUUGUCUGUAAAGUAAUUGUUACUGUAGACAUCUGUAAUGUUUAUCAUUGAUUAGCUUGGGAUAAGUGGUGUAUUUAAAAAAAAAAAAAAAAUCACAGAGAUGGGUGUGCCUACAGUCUGGUAUAUCAGAAAAUAUAUCAUAAAAAUAUAAUAUAUUUUUGUUCUUCUUCUUCUUCUUCUUCUUAUUAAUAUAUUCUUCUUAUUAUUAUAUUCAUAUUUUCAUCAAUUUUCUUGUGUUGUUUUGAUUAUUCUAUUCAUUUAUAGUUAAUCAUUUACCCUUUAUUCAUACUUAUGUUUCAUUAAGAUGUCCAUACUCUUCUGUGUGUGUUCCCUAAAGAUUGUAUUAAGUAUACCAUAGUCAUGUAUGCUAAUGUGAAUCUUGCUUAGUUGAGAAUGUGACCUCAGACAGGUUCACAAAGUAUAUGUUUUAUGACCGAGAUGCAUUACAUGUUCUUUAGGAAAUGCAAGACUAUGUCUGACUCUGACAUACAUUAUCUCAAAAAUUGACUAUACUUGGCAAGUUGUGUUUAAUAACCACAAUAAGCUCAAAAGGGUUUCCUGUAUAACUGGCAAGAAUGCAGUUACCAAAGGUGCACUUUGUUCUCGAGUGUCUGCAAGAAAGCAUUUGACCCCGAAAAUGUGCCAAAUAGGUCUUAAAAUAUCUUAAACAUUUUGCAAAUAUGGAAGGUACAUUCCAGAACCUUCUAAUCACGUAGGCACAACCUAUAAGAUGUCUAGUUUUUCCCAGGCGUAGCAGAGUCUUCACGCAUUCUAUAUAGACCUUACUUCCUUACCUUACUAUUUUUUACUAUACUUCACAUUUCAUCAUUUUGAUACAAUACUAUAUUUAGUUGGACUUAGUUAUAUUUUAAAAUUAGUACUUAGAUUCAUGCCUUUACUUUGUUUUAAGUUUAUUUGUUACUGAACCUUUUAUUUUUACUUAAUUCAGUUACUUGUUUUUACAUUAUUUUAUUUUUUUCUUAUCAGACUUAAUUGUUAUACUCAAUUUACUUUUGUUUAUUAAAAUAUGCUUUUCCCUUA